AUUUCAUGGUUUUCUUUUUCAAUAAAUCCAGCCCCCUCUCUUCUCCACACUAUAAACAUAAACCUUAUUCAUGAACCGGAGAGAAAGUUCAACAAAUAUGAUUGUUUCAUCUCAAUGGAAUCGUAGGUUCAAAAGUUCAUUCAUAAAACCAACUAUUCUAGCUUUCAUAACUUCAACUUUGAUAGUAUUCUACAUUUUUUCUACCUUAAGACUUCUCAAUAUUCAUCCUCAUCAAACUCAGCUUGAAAUAAAAACACCAUUGGAUAUCAGCUCUUCUAAUUUGAGAAUUGUGGUUCAAGAAAUACAGAAAUAUAACAAGCCAAUCAAAGAUGAUGAAACUCUAACUCUUUUAUUACCGAAUUCUACUGUUUUGCCUUUGCCUGAGCCAUUUCCAAUUUCUAAACCGGAGCUUCAAGUCGGUUCAAGAGAUCAGAAAUUCGUGAAGAACAAAGACGUGUUUCAUGACAAGGAUCUCUUCCAAGAAGAAUACAAGGAAAUGAAUAGAACCCUAAAGAUAUAUGUGUAUCCCCACAAGAAGAACGACCCUUUUGCAAAUGUGCUAUUACCAGUUGACUAUGAACCAGCAGGGAACUAUGCAAGUGAGAGUUAUUUCAAGAAAGCCCUUUAUAAAAGCCAUUUCAUCACAAAUGACCCCAAAGAAGCUGACCUCUUUUAUCUUCCAUUUUCUAUAGCAAGUCUAAGGAAUGACAAGAGGGUAGGGGUUGGUGGGAUCCAAGAUUUUGUGAAAAAUUAUGUGUUUGAGAUAAGUGAAAAAUACCCAUAUUGGAAUAGGUCAGGAGGGGCUGACCAUUUCUAUGUUGCAUGUCAUUCUAUUGGAAGGACAGCAAUGGAGAAAGCUAUUCAUGUGAAGUUAAAUGCUAUUCAAGUGGUUUGCUCUUCAAGUUACUUCCUAUCUGGUUAUGUUGCUCAUAAAGAUGCUUCCAUUCCUCAAAUUUGGCCUAGAAAAGGAGUACAUAUACAUUCUAAAAAUGGUCCUUCAAAAAGGCAAAAGCUAGCCUUCUUCGCCGGAGCAAUGAACUCCCGAGUACGUGAAAACCUAGUUCAAGUAUGGCGAAACGAUUCCGAGAUCAUUGUCCACAGAGGCCGAAUGAAAACGUCCUACUCGGAGGCGUUACAGGGCAGCAAAUACUGUAUUCACGCUAAAGGUUUCGAGAUCAACACUGCCCGAAUUGGUGACGCCCUUUACUACGGUUGUGUUCCAGUGAUAUUGGCCGAUCAUUACGACCUUCCAUACACUGACAUACUUAACUGGGAAAGCUUCUCCGUUAUCGUUUCAUCUCUUGACAUUCCAAUACUGAAGAAAAUUCUUGAAGAAAUAGAGUACGAUCGGUACGCGGAGCUUCAAAAGAAUGUAAUGCAAGUGCAGAAGCAUUUUCAGUGGAACUCUUUUCCGAAAGAUUUUGAUGCUUUUCAUAUGGUUAUGUAUGAGUUGUGGACUCGAAGAAGCCAUUUGAGACAGAUCUACUGAAAAAAAUUGUUAAGCACUUGUAUAACUAGGUGGUGAAAACCAAUUUUUCAUCCCGUCGAAGUACCACAUGAAUUGUUGGUAUUGUUAAAUCUUUAUGUCUUUGUAAAUUCUAGGUAGAACAUAGGUUGAGAAUUGUUCAUAGCGUUAUUUAUGUUCUGUUUUUAGCUAUAAUGGCAAGUACACUUGAGGCCAGACAGAUAUAACAGUUAAUGUAUUUAUAUUUUUUCUUCA